AUGGCUUCUGCAAAGGACAGGACAAACAGACUGAGUGAAAUGGAUUCACAAAAACAGAAGGAAAUUCUUGACAAUCACAAUGCCAUCAGGAGAGACGUGCAGCCAUCCGCCAGCAAUAUGCUGAAAAUGACAUGGAGUGACAAAGCCAAAGAGAGUGCUGAAAAAUGGGCUAAAAAAUGUAUACCAAAAUCCAGUCCAAGUGCAGAGCGAACUGUGGAUGGUGUCAUCUGUAGUGACAAUAUUUUGCAAUCGACUUAUUCUGCCUCCUGGUCGGAGGUAAUCCAAGUGUGGCAGAGUAAAAAAUCUAACUUCGAGUAUGGUCUUGGGGCAAUUAAUGCCAAAAGAGAUGUUUAUAGUUACACCCAGCUCAUUUGGUAUAAAUCACACGAAGUAGGAUGCGCACUUGCCUACUGCCCACAAAAUGCCUUCCCUUUCUUGUUUGUCUGCCAUUACUGCCCUGCGGGGAACAUUGUAGAAAAGGUGCAAACACCCUAUGACGAAGGUCCACCAUGUGAAGCCUGCCCCAACAACUGCGAGGAUAAACUUUGUACCAACCCGUGCAUAUAUGUGGAUAUGAAGAUGGACUGCCCAACUCUGAUAUCACUGUUCAGUUGUGAAGAGCCAGCAUUUGGACCAAAAUGCCAAGCCACCUGUAAGUGCAAAGCAGAAAUUAAAUAAUAUACAGAGUAACAU